CCCGGGGCCGCCUGGCGGUCAUCCAUCGGAUCAUCACUUGGGCGCACAACAGAGAUGUAGGCAUCACUACAGCAGCGUGCCUGUCUGCCUCUCUCGCUGUCUGUCUGUCUGUCCCUCGCGCAGACAAUCGACAAUCUCGACAUGUACAGUUACUGACUGACGUAUUUGAUAGCUGUUUUGAUUUUUCAGAUACGACAGCUGACAUGGCUCUGUUGUUAAUGAGGGAGGGGAUCAGUCACUCUUACGUACCCCUUCCCGCUCGAACGGCUUUGCCCGAUCGCUUUUGGUUAAUCAAGGCAUCCCUGCAGACAGACGGUCGGUCGGUCGGUCGGUCCAUCAGACACGCACACACACGGUGCUCAUGACAUGAUGAAAGCAUCAUGGAGUCACACAUGACAUGCUCAGACAAAAAUGCCUCGCCCCUAUCUGUCCACUGAGUAUGCAAUCAAACUCAUCCACUCAACUCAUUAUUCAUCAACGCUAGCCAUCCCUCGCAAACCCUCGAUCUGAUCUGCCGUCCAUCACAUAAGUGUACAACACACCCAGACACGCAGGCAGACGCACACGCACUCACGCAGCCAUGCGUGUGUGUGUGCGUGUGCGUCCAUCGUGCGUCUGUCAUGUGUCUGUCUGCCUUUCUGUUUGUCUGUCUAUGCGGCCUCCUCUUUGACAAACUGGUCGUAUUCGUCGCGUGUGAGCAUCCCCGACACCUAUACACAGACAGACAGACAUGGACACACAAGCACACGCCGAUGGGCUUCGUGUGUAGACAGUCUGUGUGUAAGUGUGUGCGGCGUAGCGUACCUCUCCCUGAAAUUCGAUCUUGGCGAGCCAGCCAUUGCUCUCAGGCUCCUUCACACACACGCACCACGCAUCAACGCGUCCGCCAUCCCUUCCACACAUGACUAUGGUCAGCAUGUGUGUGUGGGCUCACUGACAGACCUCGUUGACGAGUUUGGGAUUGUUUGAAAGCUCCCCGUUCUGCUCAAUCACCUUGCCGUCAACCGGACUGCACACCACACACACACACACACGGAUGGAUGGAUGGAUGCGUGGAGCUGUGCGUAUGGUAUGGUGCCGCGGUGUGGUUGUCCGUGUACCUGUAGACUUCGCCCACGGCCUUGACACUCUCGAGUGACAGCAGCCCGCUGCCCUUGGACGCUGACUUGCCUGCAGACACAACACAAUGGACGGUGUAGUGCAGUUGGAUGGAUAUGCACUGCACUGCACCGCACUGCAUAGAUCGAUCAAUCACGUGUGUUGAUAAGAUCUGUGCGCACCAACGUCGGGCAGGUCCACGAAGACGAUCUCGCCGAGUUGUUCCUGUAUUGUGAACACACACACACACACACACCAGCGCUCACACAAAUCGAUCACCAACCACACACAAUCGUAUCGUGCAUCCAGACGUACGGAACACACCUGUGCGUGGUUGGUGAUGCCGAGUGUGCCCACCUUGCCGUCAACCUGAACACAGACAGGCAUUUACCCACCACAAUGAAUGAAUGAAUGAAUGAAUGUUGUCCGGCCAUUCAUUGUGUGCACACAAUUCCACCUUGAACCACUCGUGGCUCUUGGAGUAAUACCUGCACACACACACACACACACGCACAGGCAGACACGCAAAUGAACGUGUGCGUUUUGUAUUGGCGUGCAUCCCACGUACGUUGAAAAAGGCCGCCCCACAACAAACAGGCCUGCACACACACACAUUUCACGCCAUGAUUUCAUAUCUCAGCUCUGGUCGCUGGGCUGACCUCUGUGGGCCGCACAAGUGGCGCGUCGCAUCAACAGCCGGACGGGCAGCAUCCUGGACAUACAGAUCUAUCCCUACCUGUGCACAUACACACAGACGACAGACCAACACAACUGGGGGAUGAUCCGAUUGCUGGUCCUUUCGCGCAACUGGUGCAAUGCGCAGAGCUGCCUGCUCACGUCUGUCAACAGCUGCGUAUUCACGGCAGCGCCCUCUUCUGAG